CGUCGACAACGGCCGAGCAAAGCCGAGCUCAGCGCAGACAACGCAGGCAGGGAAUGUAAUCCCCUCACUUCCCUGUUUUGAGAUUCUUUCUCAAACGCAGUCUGCUCGUUUACAUGGGACAGCUUAUGUUUUUGGGUUGAUGUCCUUGAGCAUCCAUCCACACCCAUUGGACUAUGAUUUGCGGCAACGAUGCGCCGGUGUGAGAUUUCCAUUGACCUUCUUUGGAGCCGCUCAGCAGCACCACAACACUGAAGGCUGGCCGCCGCUCCCGGUGCUGUCUUCUCCGGUGACCCCCGCUCCCCUCGGCUAACGCAGGUGCUCUGAUUGCCUUUCAAUCGGUAAUCUUUGAGCUUUCUAUCCAUCAAGACCGAGGCAGAUGCCCGUCGCUCUGUCAUCCCGGCAUUACUAUGGUGGAGUUUCCAUCCCUCAGCCCUUACUGGCCUCUCCUCCGCUUCCUGGUGCCUUUGGCUAUCACCAAUGUAGCCAUCGAUUUGGGAGAACAGGCUCUCAACAGGGGCAUAGCCACCGUCAAAGAGGACACAGUAGAGAUGCUGGCCAGCUAUGGUCUCGCAUACUCUCUGAUGAAGUUCUUUACUGGGCCCAUGAGCGACUUCAAGAAUGUGGGGUUGGUGUUUGUUAACAGUAAGAGGGACCGGAGGAAGGCGGUCCUGUGCAUGGCAGUGGCUGGAGCGAUUGCCUUCAUUCUUCAUAUCUUAAUAGCCUAUACAGAUUUAGGUUACUACAUCAUUAAUAAACUGCAUCAUGUGGAUGAAUCAGUGGGACACAAGACAAGAAGAGCCUUCUUAUACCUGGCAGCAUUCCCUCUGUUGGAUGCAAUGGCAUGGAUUCAUGCAGGGAUCCUUCUCAAGCACAAAUACAGUGUGAUUGUAGGCUCUGCCUCCAUUUCAGAUGUGGUGGCCCAGAUUGUGUUCGUGUCCAUUCUCCUGCACAGUAACCUGCAAUGUGUGGAGCCAAUGCUUAUCCCCAUCCUGUCCUUAUACAUGGGUGCCUUGGUCCGUUUCACCAUUGUUGGUCUGGGCUACUACUGCAACAUCCAUGAUAAUAUAUUAGAAUCCAGUGGGCUUGAUGUGGGGGGAGAUGCAACUAUUAAGAAGAUGCUCAGCUUCUGGUGGCCCCUGGCCCUCAUCCUGGCCACUCAGCGCAUCAGCAGGCCUAUUGUUAACCUAUUUGUAUCUCGUGACCUCAAAGGGACCACAGAUGCUACAGAGGCUGUGGCCGUGCUCACCGCCACAUACCCAGUGGGUCACAUGCCUUAUGGUUGGCUGACUGAACUCAGAGCAGUAUACCCUGCUUUUGACAAGAAUAAUCCAAGCAACAAGCUCAAUGCUGGGAGUCCUGUAACAAAAACACACAUCAAACGGUUUACAUUCUGCUGCCUGGCCCUGUCCUUAACACUUUGUUUCAUGGUGUUUUGGAGUCCUCAUGUAUCAGAGAAGAUCCUGGUGGAUGUCAUUGGAGUGGAGUAUGCUUUUGCGGAGCUUUGUGUGGUCCCGCUCCGAAUAUUCUCCUUUUUUCCUCUGCCAGUGACUGUUCGGGCCCAUCUGACUGGGUGGCUGAUGACCCUGAAAAAGACCUUUGUGCUGGCUCCCAGCUCGGUUCUGCGCAUCAUCGUCCUCAUCACUAGUCUUGUGGUGCUGCCUUAUAUGGGGGUUCAUGGAGCUACGCUUGGAGUUGGGUCUCUACUUGCCGGAUUCAUUGGAGAGUCAACUAUGGUUGCCAUAGCAGCCAUCUAUGUUUAUAGAAAGCAGAAAAGUGAGACACCCAAUGAGCUGGUGGCGGAGGGAGAAGACGCUGCCCCCAUGAGUGAAGUGUGCUCCAGGAAUCAGAUGGAUGCCAUUGAGGAGGUCCAAGAGGAGGAGGAGCAGGAGUGACUCAAAAGAAACUGGUCUUAUCAUGUGGACCAACACAUGUGAACGCACAGUGUAUAGAAGCCAUGCACCUCAUCUCCACUCAUCUGUGUACAUACCGAGACUUCCUCGCUACAGAGUGUUCAUCCUCUGAAUGUGUUUACUACAAACAAGGGAGCAAGAAGGAUAGCAGCAGUGGUGGAAAUGCCAAAAGUUAUUGUUUUCUAUCAGGACUACGAGGCUCUGCCUCACUUUGUUUUUGGGUUGUGCAAUUGUUAUUUACAUACAAUGGUGUAUAGAUUGUUUUUUUUAGGUAAUGCAAUAUUGCAUUGAGGGAUCAGGAAUCUCUCAUUUUACCACGUGCGCUAGAAAGUCUGGUCAUGUGUUAAAUGCAGUCUGGGGUCGAUUGUUUCGCCAAAAGAUAUUUUCCUGGCUGUCUUCAUAUUUUCUGUAUAUACUGUAAAGGCAAUUCUUUUAUGGCAAACAUAGCUUUAAUAUUGACUUGUGUAGGGAUCUUAAUCAUAAAAGACUUCAACAAAA